AUGGCUCUCGAAGACAGAUUCACGAGACUCUCCCUUCACCAGAGGGGAAAAGACAUGGUUUCAGGCCCAGACAGGCCUAAUGACCCAACCGGCAAACCCUACGAACUCGCCUACAAGGCCGUAGAUGCUCCUAUCAUCCCCAAUUCCACCAUCUUCAAUUUCGAAAACAUGCCAAAUGGCAAUUCAGCAACAAACCCAAAAACUCCAAACUUGGCUCUCCCGAACGAAGCUGAAUGCGCUACACAUCUCGAAUUUUUGGAAACACUCUUCGUCUUGCGACAAAACAUCCUUGUAUCGAAAGAUCUGGAUGAGGUUAUGCAGACGGAACCUCGGAGGGAGGAAAAGACAGGUGCGCAAGGCGUUACGAAGACUUUCAAGGACGAAAACCUUUGGGAGCGAAGACAAAUCAAGUGGCCUCUGUAUGUGGAAUUUGCAACCAUUCGUUUUCUUGCAUGGCGACAAGAGUUCAACAAGUCCACGGUUACAGAAAUUACAAGACAUAACCUCCCACCUUUAGAUAUCCUCAUGGUCUGGCACUCCUUCCUCUUGAACCCAAAACUCUUCUACAAGACCUGUUCAGAAGAGCCUCUUUUCUCUAUCAAAUUUCCCUGGAAGCAUGUCCACGAGGCCAUCGAUAACAACGAAUGGAGAUUCACACUCAACCCAAUAGCAGCUAGUCGUUACGGAAGUAGUCAUGGGUUCGUGCCAGACCUGUACAAUGAUAUGGUAUCUUGGAAAACACUCUCUAAUGCCACACGACAAGGGGUGCCUAGAAUGAGGAUAAAGCGCUUGUUGUAUCCUCCAAAGGUAUACGAAAGCCCUUGCAAGGAGUACGCAGAUCUUUUUGAGACUUUCGGCUCAACUCUCGCAGAGCAACUGCGCGAUGCUGUUCUUCGACAGGCUUCGUUUGUUGACAAGAUGAACUCCUACAUGUGGAUUCGAAGCCCUGCACUCGAUGGAACCAUUCGUCGCGGCAUCAGUCGCUAUCUCAACUUUUGUAAACUCAUCAAGAUGUCAAAAAACACUGUUGUGCCGACGCUGGACAUAGAUCUUGUUUGGCACACGCACCAAUGCACAGCGAAAUACUAUGGCCAGGCGACGAAGGUUCUGGCAGGCAAAUUUGUCAAUCACGAUGAUACUAUCGAGAAGCCCCAGCUAGGAGACGGCUUUGCAGAAACGAGGAGUCUGUAUCGUGUGCAUUUUGGACAGGAGUAUCGUGCUUGUGGAUGCUGGGACUGUCAGGCCUUGUUAACGGAGCUUGAAGGAGUUUUGGAAAGGGGUGAAGAGCCUGACAUAGAUGUCAUUGUGGCGAGGGUGAAGGAGGAUGUCUUUUUUCAUCGUGCUGUGGAGUGGUCAAGAAGGCAUAGGGUGACCUUGCCAAUGCGGAGGAUUGAAGCAUCAUAG